UAUUGAACGUCCGAUUCUUCACAGCGGUCUGUCUCUACUUGCCUUCGUUUUCUGCUCCUUCUUCCAGACUCCCGCAUCCAGCGGGGUCAAUCAAAUUCAAUCUUUGAGAUGGCCAGUGAGCUCGACCAGAAGAUUCAAGAUGUCUUCAAACACAUCCAAACAGAGCGAAAGAUCUUAGAGGCUUCUCAGCUCCUACGACAGGCAACGACUAACCAGGAUGUUUUACGAAGAAAUGAUGCCAAGAUCAGAGAAACUGAACGAUCCCUUUCAUAUUUCGAAGAGACACUCCGCGAGCUUCAGGCUCGCAAGAUGCAGCAGAAUGAGCCUGGACGCUCUUCCGGUCCUCAGGUUCCUCCGAAGGAAGACCGAUACGGCCGCGACAACCCAGCGGACACGUCCAUGAAGCGUUCUCUUGAUUCAAGUGCUUCCGGAUCGCCCCAAACCAAAGCAUACUCUAACCUCGAUCUAAUUAAAGCCGAGACUCCCCUUACAUCAGCUAAAAUCUCGAAAAUGCUGCAUCAGCUCGAGUUCAAACUUCAAGUCGAAAUGCAGUACAAGAGAGGCAUCGAUAAGAUGGCAAAACUAUACCAGGCUGAUGGAGACAAGAAAUCGAGGCAGGACGCGGAGAGCAAGAAGGUAGAGAGUGAGAAGAAAAUACAGCUUCUUCAAUUGGCUCGAAAACGGUACAAAAAUCUGCAUGUUUUGGACGAUGCCCUCGCCGAGGAAGAGGAAGAACCUAACGGUACAGGAAUCGAAGGAGAACGGAAAGAAAACCUCCGAGCAAAACCUUUAUCAGGUAUUCUCUCAGUCACUGUUCGAGGUGCCAGAGAGCUAGACCACGCACCCAUCGUUACUCGAUUCCGUUCAUCCAAAAACCAAGUCGUCGAAACCUCCGUAUCACUCAAAGUCGAAGGCACCCAACUAGCUCGAUCACAUCCUUCCCGCACAGAUCGCUGGAAUGAAGACUUUGAAAUCACUGUCGACAAGGCAAACGAAGUCGAAAUUGCCGUUUACGACAAGCAAGUCGGCGAAACACACGCGGUUCCUAUAGGUCUAUUAUGGAUCCGCAUCAGUGAUCUUGUCGAAGCUCUGAGAAGGCAAAAGGUAUUUAUGGAGAGCGGACAGGGUGGCUGGGUCACUGCUGGCGCUAUGCAUGGUGAUGCUGGUCAUCCAAACUCGGCGGACCUGAAUGCCCCUCUCAGCUUUGGCGCUGCUCCUCCUGGUGGCUUUGGUCCUCAGGGAGGCAUGGGAGAUGGUAUACCACAACAACCAUCUGAAGGUAUCGAAGCAUGGUUUGCAGUCGAGCCUGCAGGUGCUAUUCUCUUGCACUUGAACUUUGUCAAGGAAAACGUCCGAAAACGCCAGAUCGAUGCACCUCUCGGCGGUCUAGGUCGUCAAGGCGCUGUGCGUAAACGGAAGGGCGAAGUACAUGAGAUGAACGGGCACAAGUUUGUUCAAAAGCAGUUUUAUCAGCUCAUGCUCUGCGCAUUUUGCAGCGACUUCUUACUUAACGCCACGGGUUACCAGUGCGAGGAUUGCCGUUACACAUGUCAUAAGAAGUGCCAUGAAAAGGUUGUCACGAAAUGUAUCUCAAAAUCCAAUACUGGAGAUGACGAGGAGAAGAUCAAUCACCGUAUCCCUCAUCGAUUCGAGCCUCUUACCAACAUUGGUGCAAACUGGUGUUGUCACUGUGGAUACAUGCUUCCGCUUGGUCGUAAGAACGCACGUAAAUGUUCUGAAUGCGACCUAACCUGUCACGCUAAUUGCGCGCACCUCGUUCCGGACUUUUGUGGUAUGUCGAUGGAGACCGCAAAUACUCUCCUAUCGGACAUGCGGGAUAUCAAGAAACACAGGGCUCAGCGUCCCUCUCAACCAUCUGCGCCCCAACAGCCUUCACGUCACAGCCCUCCCGCGGAUACUAUGGGACGUUUGAAGCUUUCUGGUGCUCCUGAGCCCGAGGCAGAUCCGUUUGGUCGUCAACAACCUUCGCUACCCGCUACCCCGCCCAGCGGAUAUCCCCAGGCUCCGUAUUACCCUCAGCAGCAGCAACAACAACAGCCCCCGCUCAGCGGGCCUCCUCCUGGCGCAAGACCACCAUCUGCUGGUGUUAAAGCACCACCAGCAUACGCCCAAGAACCUCAGCGUCCUCAGACAGGUCCUUAUGAACAACUGCAACCUGGUGCUUAUCCGGGUACUCGUCCGCCUGGACCUCCAUCCCCGGUGCAAACAAAGAUAGGCCUUCCUUCAUCGCCAAUGCAACAACAACGACCGCCUGAUCGUUCCAGCACAGUUUUACCGACGGCGCAAACACCACCUCAACAGCCGCAGAUCCAAAUACAACAACAACAGCAGCAGCGUCAGCCUGUCCGACAACAAACUCAGAGACGCAAGGUCGGCUUGGACGAUUUCAAUUUCUUAGCUGUACUGGGUAAAGGUAACUUUGGUAAAGUCAUGUUGGCUGAAGAGAAGAAAACGAAUGGGCUUUAUGCGAUCAAGGUCUUGAAGAAGGAGUUCAUCAUUGAUAACGAUGAGGUUGAGAGCACCCGAUCAGAGAAGCGUGUAUUCUUAGCUGCUGCUAAAGAACGACAUCCGUUCCUGCUUGGGCUGCAUUCAUGUUUCCAGACCGAGACACGAGUGUACUUCGUUAUGGAAUAUGUCAGCGGUGGUGAUCUCAUGUUGCACAUUCAACGAAAGCAAUUUUCGCUACGACAAGCCAAGUUUUACGCAUCAGAGGUACUUUUAGCAUUGGAGUAUUUCCAUUCGCAAGGCAUUAUCUAUAGAGAUCUGAAGCUAGACAACAUCUUGCUUACGUUGGACGGGCAUGUUAAAGUUGCUGAUUACGGUCUUUGCAAGGAGGAAAUGUGGUUUGGUCAGACGACGAGUACUUUUUGUGGGACGCCCGAGUUUAUGGCUCCGGAGAUUUUACUUGAGCAACGCUACGGUCGUGCCGUGGAUUGGUGGGCGUUCGGGGUCCUUACUUAUGAGAUGUUACUGGGACAGUCGCCGUUCCGUGGUGACGAUGAGGACGAAAUCUUCGACGCUAUAUUGGAAGACGAGCCUUUGUAUCCCAUCACUAUGCCUCGUGAUGCUGUUUCAAUCUUGCAAAAGUUGUUAACCCGCGAUCCCAAUCGUCGAUUGGGUUCAACCAAGGAAGACGCAGAAGAAAUCAAGAGACAGCCUUUCUUCAAAGAUGUUAGCUGGGAUGACGUUGUUAACAAACGAAUACCUCCUCCUUAUUUCCCGACUAUCAAUGGAAGUGCUGAUACCAGUAACUUUGAUGAAGAGUUCACUCGUGAACAACCGACUUUGACCCCCGUUCAUGGGCAGUUGUCGUCUCGUGAUCAAGCCGAAUUCAAUGGUUUCUCCUACGUCGCUUCUUGGGCCGAUAUAUGAUGACAAUAGUCCCUCUUAUCAAUAACGCAAGGUGUACGAUCCGCUCGGUGUUAUCAUGAAUUGUAUACUUUGAACACGAAGAUAGUUCAGUUCGUAAGCCAUUCUUUCAUCAAUCUCUGCCCCCAGAUUCCUCCCUCUUGGACAGAGUUACGAAACGACUCUCCUUGCCUUCCCCUCCUUCUGCGAUUCAGCCUAUUUUGGUGCGAGAUCAGGUUGCAUGGCGAAAAGGUUAGCGACUAGGAUGAAGCUUGUAAAGGUUUGCAAUAUCGACUUGGUCACAGUUGGCGGUGUCGGUGUUGGGUCCUGGUCGAGGAUCCUAGAACAACGGGGAUAUAGUUGUAUCUCUAAAUUUUCACGAUAGAGAAGGAGAGAAUAGAUAGAGUUGUAGAAUUUUCCGGUCAUAAUGAUAUGAGUAUAAGGACUGAAUAA